AUGACAACGACGCCCUCGAUCGGCCACAAUGCAGAUAUAGUGCUUCUGAGAACGGGCGACGGCACAGCCGGGCAAAUGAAUCCUACCGAUUCGGCAAACAGCAAUCAACAUUACCACAGCGGGCUGUUCAAGUGGUCUGACAGUGAGAUUAGGCAUGAACCUGACCUUCCAUAUAUGAUCGGUGCGGAGCAUAGGUAUCGAGCUGAAUUGAGGACACUAGUACGGGAUCUUGGAACAGCUUUCGCACGAUGUCAGAGACGCAAUGCCGUUCUACAUGCAUUGGCCAGUUUGCCGGAACCUAUACAGGUCAAACAUGUGUCUGCACCGGAGUCGCAAACAUCCAAGUCUCUAGCAAAUAUCUGCGCCUUGGAAGACAACGCGUCUUUGUAUCCGAACGCGUCAAAAAUUGUGAAUGUUCAGGAAGAAACUUGGGGGUUUGUCAAAGUCCGGAAGGCAUCAGAAACACUCGUGGAAGCAACUUGUCCUGGCCAAGAUUGCGAAUCCUCAGCAGCACCAACAUUCGACAGAUCCGCCAGCCCGUCAGAUUCGGAAAGUAGCUCAUCAACUAUACGACCAUGGACUGCGGAUGGACCUAGGACUAAGCAGCCAGAGGGUUCCGACGUGCGAACACGAUACGGGGACGUAAUGCUUAGCGCAAGCAAACAGCGAAUUACUACUGGAAUGUGCUUCCGGGCCAUCAUGAACCCCGAGUCCGAAGCAGAGCUGACGGCCGUGAGGCUCGCCGGCCAAUACUCCGAAAUUGCAUCUACACUGAUACCAGGGCUUCGGAUUCACACAUGCCACAAGGUUACGGCUCCUGCAUGUACGCUAGCUCGAUGCCGACCAUAUGAGACAUGCAGAUUUCGACAAGGAUUGCGCAUUGCCGCACCGGCACAUGUUCUCAACCGGUCAGGAGCGGAUUGCGAUGAAGCCGGCGGAGGCAACUAUUCUCGAAGGCACUGUAAUGAUGAUCGGCAAGAACUCUCUGGUCCAGAUAUCUGUAUGAAGUCGACCAUCCCGAAUCGCCCCUUCCCACAACAUCCAGCUAUGGAGGAAAAGCACACGCCUGUCCCAAGACUUUCAGCAAGCGCCACAACAUAUCUCCAUUUCCACCCUCCAUCCACCAUGGACGAUGCCCUGCGCCAACGUCUCGCAGCUAUCGAUGACUCCCUCCGCAGGUGUAACUCCUCGGUAGAUGAUGGUGUUCGCAAACUUAUCACAGGCCAUUUGUCCAGAUUGGACGAGAAAUUCCUCAAAUCUGAUGAGAUGGUGCAGUACGAAAAUUCGAAGCUGGCCAUACAGAUACAGACCAUUUUGUCCGGCUUACAGAAAACCAUCGACGAGACUCAAGACAAGAUCUGCGCCUCAAUCAGUGAACUUCGGAAUGGCGCACGACCUGACGAGCCAAUGGCACUAGACGCGGAACGAGUGGGAGCGCGAUCUCAGGCUGAGAGUCGUCAGCCAAGUGGGCGUCCGAAUGGUUCCCACAGGCCUUGA